AUGGCAGUAAUUAAUGAAAGCCACCCUGAGGAGUUCAUUCUACUGGGCUUUGCUGACCGACCUUGGCUGGAGCUGCCCCUGUUCAUUAUUCUUCUGAUCACAUACCCCAUGGCCAUGAUGGGAAACAUCGCCAUCAUCCUGGUGUCGAAGUUAGACCACCGUCUCCACACCCCCAUGUACUUCUUCCUCACCAACCUGUCCUUUCUGGACAUGUGUUACACCACAAGCAUUGUCCCUCAGAUGCUCUUUAACUUGGGCCACUCUAAAAUCAUCAGUUACAUUGGGUGUGUAGUUCAGCUUUAUGUCUUUAGCAUAAUGGGGGGUACUGAGUGUCUGCUCUUGGCCCUUAUGUCCUUUGACCGCUAUGUGGCCAUCUGCAGGCCUCUGCACUACACCCUCAUCAUGAAUCAACGCCUCUGUCUCCUACUGGUAUCCACUGUGUGGUUGGGUGGAAUGGCAUACGCUUUCUCAGAGGCUACACUUACAUUACAGUUGCCACUCUGUGGAAUCAAUAAAUUAGAUCACUUGUUGUGUGAAAUUCCAGUUCUGAUUAAGACUGCCUGUGGUGAAAAGGAGGCUAACGAGCUUGCACUCUCUGUGGUAUGCAUCUUUAUGUUAGCUCUCCCUCUAUGUUUAAUUCUUUCUUCCUAUGCUAGAAUUGGGCACACUAUAAUUACGAUGAAAUCUUCUGAGGGAAGAAAAAAGGCCUUUGGGACAUGUUCCUCUCACCUUCUUGUGGUUUUCUUAUUUUAUGGUCCAGCCAUCAGCAUGUACCUUCAGCCCCCCUCCUCCAUCUCCAGGGACCAGCCCAAGUUCAUGGCGCUCUUCUACGGGGUGGUGACUCCUACCCUCAACCCCUUCAUCUACACCCUGAGGAACAAGGAUGUGAAGGGGGCCCUAGGAAAGCUGGUGAGGGGCAUUUUCACCUCCAAGUGA